ACACACACACACACACACACACACACACACACACACACUUAGAGGCGCAGAGACAGAUCCAGGGAAGACAGCAGCCCCCCCUCGGCCACUAGGAUCCACUGAACAUUCACCGGCUCAGGAGACGGAGAGCUAGACGACCCACCUACAAAUAAUACAGCAAAAUGGCAGACAAAAUUAAAGACGCCAAGAUCAUCUUUGUGGUGGGCGGGCCCGGCUCCGGGAAGGGGACCCAGUGUGAGAAGGUGGUGGCCAAGUACGGCUACACCCACCUGUCCUCCGGGGACCUGCUGAGGGCCGAGGUGGGCUCGGGCUCCGAGAGGGGCAAGACGCUCCAGGCCAUCAUGCAGAAGGGAGAGCUGGUCCCCCUGGACACCGUCCUGGACAUGAUCAAGGAUGCGAUGAUUGCCAAGGCCGACGUGUCCAAGGGCUUCCUGAUCGACGGCUACCCCCGGGAGGUCAAGCAGGGAGAGGAGUUCGAGAAGAAGAUCGGCAAACCCUGCCUGCUGCUGUACGUGGACGCUAAGGGCGAGACCAUGGUGAAGAGGCUGCUGAAGCGCGGCGAGACCAGCGGCCGCGCCGACGACAACGAGGAGACCAUCAAGAAGCGCCUGGACCUGUACUACAAGGCCACCGAGCCCGUCAUCGCCUUCUACGAGGGCCGCGGCAUCGUCCACAAGGUGGACUCCGAGCUGCCCCCCGAUGAGGUCUUCAGCCACGUCUCCAAGGCCAUCGAUUCUCUGUAGUAAAAUGAACUUUCACAACACAUGAAACGUUGUCAUUCGUCUUCAGUAUGGUUUCCACUUGACCUUAAAGGCAGCGAAAAACCGAAAACCCUCAUCGGUUUCGGUUGGUUUUUCAGAAGAAAACGAGAAGGCCUGUCCGAGCAGCUGUGACGCCUUAACUAUAACCUUUUUAUCUCGGAUCCAUUUCUAAAGGCUGAACGAUUCCGUUAAAGCCACUCACCUCUAUCCGCCAACACACAUAAUCAUGGUAUAUAUUUCUAUAUUUCCUGUCUACAUUCUCUGUGAUGAAUGUUAUGUCUUGGAACACGUAUUCCUGGUGCAACCAAAGUUACUGUCCUCUUCUGCACUCCACAGGCCUUAUACAGAGAAAGCUUACGUUUCAAUUAAGCUAAACGUAACCCAGACUAAUUAUACCCACUAAAAACAACUACUACAAAGAUCUCUUUCAAGGGUGUUCUGUCUCUGAAGUGAAAAAAAGAAAAAUUAUUUACAUAGUAAAACGUAGCCCUUUAAGUGCUAGUAAGUAGGUCUAUACAUUUUUUUUCAAAUUGGUAACAUUUUCAUACACAGAAUAGAGUUUCUUUAUUUAUCUAUUUAAUUAGUCGCUCUCAAACUUUUUGUUGGUGCAUCAAUAAUAGCUGAACACAAUGUAAAGUUUGUAACACAUUUGGAACACAUGAUGGAUUAUAAGAAAUAUAAAGCAUUAAAGAGCAAGUGCAAUUGCAAAUCAAAAUGAUGUAAUUACAUGCACUUAUAUUGGUUGCCUUGAUUAUGUUAUAAUGACAGAGAAUAUAGAUCUAUUUUCAUAUAUAUUCCUGUUCAGAAGAUGAUUAUGUCUAUAUGUAAGUUCAGGCAAAAUAAUUCUAUGAAUUCUUCUCGACUCUUGCUGCACUCUUACACAAGCAUACACACUUUUUUUUAUAUACAAAUAUGUAUAAAACAAAAGUGUGUCUGCAUGUAUAGUAUCCAAAUUAAAAACUGCAGGAAUUGAUGUAU